CAUGUGUGUUGAGAAGCGCAUUAUUUGGCAACAGAGGCGGCAGCCGGGAGGGCCGAAAAAAUACAGGGUAUACCCUGAAUUAAAAAAAAUACAUCGAAUAAUCGGAGCAGAUUGUCACCCUAAAUACCUUGGACUACCUGCAGUCGACGGAUCGCUGUUGAAUCGACCGAGGGGAUGUCUGAGGAGGCUGUUCGUCAGACGCGCAGUCAGAAGAGGGCGCUGGGGAGAGAAGUCCCGUCCCCUGAUUCCGAAGCCCCUCCCACUGAGUCCGACAGCAAGAAGCCCAAAUUAGACCGGGCAGAGACUGGAGCUCCAGACCAGGAUGAUGAGAGCUCAACUAAACCACAACCACAACCCGAAACCACAAAAGAUGACCUAGACCAGUUUAAACCUGUGGUCAAGCCUGAGAAGGAACCAGAACUACCCCAGUUAACAUUACCGCUAGUGUUACCGUCCCAACCAACAAAGGAGCCAGAGCGGGACCGGGCCCCGAAAUGGUCAGAACCGAGCUUAGACAACCGGACUGAGUGGAAUGACCACAGCGACCGGGUCAGGGUGAAGGGGGUGGUGCCUCUAGAUGGGCGGAACAGGACUGUGCGGUCGGAACCGAAGGUGGCUAGUGGUAUGAUGGCAGCAACGGAGGUGAAGGCUACCAUUAAAGUGGAGGUCCAGACAAGAGAGCAGGCGCUGGAUAUGAGCACGUCUAGAGGAACUUUAAAGAGGGAGAAGUGUCCCCUGUCCCCAGACGAUGAUGUCAUCGUCCUGUCGGAUAAUGACUCCUGCAGUCCCCCGAUGAACGGCUUGAACCACCUCAAGGAGCUGGACACAGACCUACUUAUGAAGAGCAGUCCAGAGGAGAGGGAUCGCAUCAUAAAGCAGUUGAAAGAGGAGCUGAGGUUGGAGGGGGCCAAGCUGGUGCUGCUGAAGAAACUACGCCAGAGCCAGAUACAGAAGGACACACUGCAGAAGGUAUGGACACAUGUAGCCAAGCCCUCAGUAUUGUCAGGUUCUGCGGCUCCUCCAUCUCUGAUCCGUAGGAGUUCGGGCACAGUCAUUCCUCCUCCUCUGGUGAGGGGCGGGCAGCAGAUCUCCUCCAAACAUGGCUCCCACAACUCCCAGAUCAUUAUGCCACCCCUGGUCAGAGGGGCAAAGCCAAUUGCUGUGUCUCCUCAGCAGAUCCAGUCUCUCCGGCAGCAACAGCAACUGUCAGGGUCUGGCUCUGGGGGCUCUGGCCCCCCUCCCCUGCUGCUGGCCCCCAGGGCCAACGUACCCGGCUCCCAGGCCCAGAGAGGCCUCAUGCAGUCUGGCCUCAUCAGGGUGGGAAACGUCAACAAUGCCAGCCUGCUGGUCAACAUCUCACAGGCCUCCCCAACCAACAUGAAGGUUCCUUCUAUUACCUCCCAGUCUGGAAACAGCAGUGUGUCUGUGGUCAACGUGAACGACUCUUCUGCCGCCUGUCAGGCUGCGGCUAAGCUAGCCCUGCGUAAGCAGCUGGAGAAGACCCUUCUGGAGAUCCCUCCUCCCAAACUUCCCACCCCAGAGCUAAACUUCCUGCCCUCGGCAGCCAACAACGAGUUCAUCUACCUGGUGGGCCUGGAGGAUGUGGUGCAGAACCUGCUGGACUCCAUGAUGAGAGCUAAAACAGGGAUGCCCCCAGUCAAGCCUGCCAUCAAAGAGCCCUUCACCUGCACCCAGUGCAGCACUGAUUUUACCUGCCGUUGGAGGCAAGACAAAGCCAAGGGCGGGACCAUCCUCUGUGCAGACUGCAUGUCCUCCAAUCAGAAGAAGGCCUUGAAGGCUGAGCACACCAAUAGGCUGAAGGCUGCAUUUGUCAAGGCCCUGCAGCAGGAACAGGAGAUAGAGCAGCAGAUCUUCCAGCAGGCUGCGUCCCCCGUCUCUCACACCCCCUCUUCCUCUUCCUCCUCCUCCUCUCCGUCGGUGAAGGCGGAGCAUCUAGUGUCCCAGCAGCUGAAACAGGCUCAGGCUCAGGCCCAGGCUAGGGCCUCCUCUCUGCACCAGCAGCACAACAGAGGACAGAGCAUCGCACGCCACCACUCCACCAACAUCAAACAGGGCCAGCUCUCCCGUGGCGGUGUCCCGUCUGUGGGGGUGAGGGGCGUGUCCCACUCUUUCUCCUCCUCCUCUCAGCUGCAGAGCGCAGUGGCCGCUGCAGCCUUGGUCAGCCGGCCAGGUAAGCAUGCCCAUGUGCGCCCCGCUGCCCAGAGUUCAAAGGGCAGCUCCAGUGGGAACAGCAGCAGUGGUAGCGGCCAAGCCACUGCAUGGAGGAAGCAGAACAACCUCAACACAGGUGUGACCAUGGCCUAUGUGAACCCCAGCCUGCCAGUCCAUAAGACCUCGUCCACAGUGGACGCCCGCCAGAGAGAGUACCUCCUGGACAUGAUCCCCUCGCGCUCCAUCUCCCAGACGGCUAACACAUGGAAAUAAUCUCAUACUCAUUACCAUUAUCAAUAACCUUUUACCAAUAGCUACUGUUGUCAAUGCCAACAAUGCAGUCUACAGCCCCACCCUGAGGACAGUUAUGAAAACGCAGUCGUCAAACUUGUUAGGAGAAACAUUGUCCUUUUUUUUUUUUUAUAGUGUUUGUUUCUCAUAUGUUGUUUUUCAACUCUAUUGUUUCUUAUGAAGUUCACUGAUGUUUGAUCAGUGUGCAUAAACAGCGAUUUACUCCGAACUCGAGAGAAAAAAAAAAGGAAAAAAAAGCAUAAAGGGCUUCCUUCAAUAUGUUCGUCAGCCAUGAUGUCUGCGAGUUCAUGAUGGUUUGAGAAUGUUGCUUUUCUCUCAAUAACUCAUGUUGGCGUUCUGCCAACUGUGCGUUGAUAUCCCAUCAUAAAAACGAUGUAUGGCUCUUUACCUAUUGGACGGAACAAUGAGCCGAUUCUGUCAUCAUAGACUCAGCAAUGGGAUGCAGACAAACUGUUGGGGUGCGUUCAAGAUGAAAUGACUGACUAGCUUGAACUGUUUGCCUUAUAUUCAAGAGUACCCCAAAAAAAGAUAAAAGAAAAAAAACAUGAUCUCCAACAAACAUUCUCUUAAAAUGAGAACCAAAUCUCUAUUUUUGAUGUAAAUGGCAUGUUCUAUAGAAGGGUCCAGACACUUUUGCUAUUUCCCUUUUUUAAUUUUUUUACUUACCCCGAACCAGCGAUUCACUUCCUCAUGUUCAUUGUGCAGUACGGGGGCUCUGAAAAAACAUGAACAAAUGCUCCAAAAACAUCCAAAUACAGAAAUGCUCUCAGUAUAGUGAUGCAGGACUUUAGACGUUGUACACAUGAAAUUGUGUCAUUCCGAACUUUAUCCUCAACGUUAUAUUCCAUUUUGUUGCGACUCGAGCAACAACAUCUAAAGACCUGCAUCACUAUAGAGCUUUUCAGUUUCUAAAAGGACUUUGGUGUUUUUGGAGCAUUUGUUCAUGUUUUUUCAUAGCCCCCGUACGGCACAAUGAGGAUGAGGAAUUUAAUCGCUGUUGGGGAAAGUUUCUCAAAAACAAGUGAAAUUGCAAAAGAAGUGUCUAGACCCUUCUAUAACAUGCUAUUUGCUUAUAGAAAAGGAAAAUGAUCCUUUAAGUUAAAAGGAAAAACUGAGCAGUGAUGUUUUCAGUACAUAACCUCAGUAGCAGUUGAUUUGGAUUUUUUUUUGUAUUUACAGUAAGUUAUUGGUUAUUUUUUGGGACUGAUGUAUAAAUGAACAAUUCCUGUCCUGAUGUUAUGGUUUUAACAACUGAACAAUUAAUAGCCUCAUACACAAUUUUUUAUUUUUUUUAAGUGAAGCUUUUUGCCCCACCAUGUAUGUUAUUCAGCUAUUUACAGAGUUUGACAGUGCUUCUCUCCAUUCAUAUGUUUCACAUAAGCAGAACACAGAGAGGAUCUCUUUAUUAUAUUUUUGUCUGUAGCCUCUGCUUUGGUUUUCCAUUAUUCAAUUCCGAGUUGUCCCUUAAUAUGUGUAAUAACAUGUCUGUAAAGAGAACUAGUGGUAUAAUAAAGACUGUCUGAUUACAUGCAAACAAAGUUUCAGUGGAAGACACAAGAUUAUAAAAAUAAAAUAAAAAAAUGACACAUAAAAAAAUUAUAGACUCACAGGAGUCAUAUCCCAGAUCUUUUCUCUGUUUUGCACCGAUUUUCAAUUUUCCUGAUGAUUUAGUGAAUUUGUUCAGUUUUGAUAAUUGAUCAAAGUUUCCAUAUGUUUGCUGAAAAGGUUAAGACUCAUCAAAUGUCAAUACACGAGCAUCAUUGGUCUGAUAAAGUAAUUGAAUAUUGAUCGUAUUUGGUUUAAUAUGGUCAAACCUACGGUAGCAAUCAAUGACACCAGUCAUUUUACAAAAUGUUCUCAUCUGGUGAUUUAAAAAAGUUUACAUUGCAGGUAUUGUCACCUGCUCGGGUACAUCUCAAGUUUAGGUUUCUGGUUGCCACGUCAUGAAGCUUGGUUAGGUACAGCAACUCUUUGGUGAAGUUUAACAGAUUUGAGGAUGUACAAAAGACAGAGGAGAGAAUAAACAUGUCCUAUAUUGAAAUCACUCAUUGAUUUUGUAUGCUUGGCAUCAGGACCAAUAACUUGUAUCCCAGACAGGCCUGUGGUGAGGUAACUGGGUUUACUACAGUGCUCCUUUACUUCCUCAAGUACAGUCUCAUACUCUCUUCUCAGUUUUGUUCUCUUUAUAAUACUGUAAUUCUCUUCUGUAAAAGUUCCAUAGGCCUGCUAUGUGGUUUAUAAAUGAAUUAACAUCUGUG